CACUGUUCAUCUUCUUCAUCAGCAGAAAUCCGCACAACAUUUGGAACAUUGUGUCAGCUCACUGCUAGCUCACCAGGACGUUCUCUUCCUCAGAAGUGUCUCCAGAAUUCCAGUUUCCUUGAGUUGACGCGUGGUCCCUGCUUGGGUAUGAGUGAACGCGACGAAACCAGCAACCCCAGUGGCUUUCCUCUGGAUAAAGAAUUUCUCAAAUCACUGAAAGGACGAGUUCUUCUGACAGAACUGGUUCUCUGCUUUGUGGUAUUUGUCUGCUUUGCUGCCUCCAUCUCCUCCUAUUUGGCAGCCCCACUGCUCGAACUCAUCAUCACCAUCAUCUUCAUCAUCCUUAUCUCCAGUCAGUACCACCUACGCCUGACUGCUCUCAACUGGCCAUGCAUGGAUUUUUUGCGCUGUGCCUCUGCUGCGCUAAUCAUGUUUGUUGUGUCCGCUGUGGCAGCAGCUCGGAGUUCAGGUUAUGGAGGGGCAAUAACAGCAGCUAUCUUUGGUUUCUUCUUGGUUGGCGUUUUCUGUUAUGACGCUUAUACCAUUUAUAAGACAGAUAUUCAAGGUCAGAAAACAGAGGAGGGAGAUGGUGUAUAAUGUUUGCUGAAGAAGAUCAGCAAUUCGUGCCAUAAAAUAUGCCUUUUUUUCUCACGAUGAUAUUUCAUGCUAUUUUUCACAAGUUCUAAUAAAAAAAACCUCACUUAACUUACAAAAAAAACCCUCACUUAACAAGAUACUUGGGAACCUCCAUGGAUGCCAGUGAUCCUUUACUUCUGUCAUAAUGGCCAUUAGAACUCAUAGAAAUAUAAUGUGAAGAACAUAUUCAAUGUGCUCCUUACUAAUAGAACAAAAAACAAAGUUUCUGUAUGUUUACUAGUCCGAGUGUGCGAGUUCUAUGUGGUGGGGCAAUGCUGCCUUCUGUAUAUGAUAAUAAAUAAAAUGAUAAUAAUAAACACACUGCCCUGUGAUAUCAUGUAAUAUUGUUAUGUAUUUUAUAUUUUUAUGUAGUGGAUGUUUUGGUUUUGUUUUUGCUCUACUGUAGUUUAUAAUGCAGAUCAUGACCACUAUUCUUCAAAGACAAACAUGGAUCAGCCGCACUGCCAGGGUGUUAAUUAACAAAUUAACAUUUAAGAAGCUACAUGUAACAACUACUUUCUUGGCUAUAGAUCAGUGUCAGCCUAAAUAAAACAUAUGUGAGAUGUGC